UAAUAGUAAAAUGAAAAUUAUAAAAUGAAUUUAAAAUUACAAAUAAUGAAUUUCAAAAACUGCCUUUGUUUCAAAUACCCCUAAACAUUCAGUGUUGUAUCUUAAGAAGCCAGAAAAGCGAAAAGGUAAAAAGAAGAAAAAGGAUUUCAUUUUUUUUAGAGCGAAAUAAAAUUUCGUUUUUCGUUCCGAAAAGUCCCAGUUUUUAUUUAUACCUACUUGUCAGUGACAAUGUCAGCGAUGGAUAUUAACUCUGAUACAUGAAAGCCAUCGUAAAAUUUUGUCGUUAUUCAUGCUUCUAAUGUUUUCUGGAUACUUUAAAUAUCUAAAUUUAUGGGCAAUCUAUUAAACUGGUUGCCUGCGGACACAGGUUACGUUUAUUUUAUUGAAGUUGUCCCUCAACAAGAGACUUGAAAUGAGAUGGCGACCUUGGAGAUGGAAGCGAAAGCUGCUAUAUCAACACGUUCUCACACACCAAGUUUCUGGACAGUUUUGUGCUGGGGUAUAGGAUUGGUAAUAUCAAUUUUCACUUGCCCAGUCUUUCCUGCUCAUCACUAUAGACAAUGUAGAGGUAGGAAAGUACUUAAUGCUUCUUAUGGUAUUAUCACUGAUGGGCCUGGUAAUUACCCCAUGGAAACACACUGCGAAUGGCUUAUAGAUGCUGGAAGCAAAAGCAAAACUAUUACUUUGGUAUUUCAUAAACUGAUAACUGAGUGUUCGUAUGACAUUCUGUUUAUUUAUGAUGGCAACUCCUAUAACAGUACCCUACUUGGAAGUUUCAGUGGUGAUAUUAUCCCAGAACCAGUCACUGCUUUCUCUGGAUAUAUGUUGAUACAUUUGUACAGUGAUAACAACCAUGCCUUAGAGGGAUUCAAUGCAACAUACACUAUAACAGAUUGUCCAUAUAAUUGCAGUAAGCAAGGAGACUGCCGAAAUCAUACAUGUGUUUGUCAUUUCUGGUUUACAGGAAAAGGCUGUGAGAAGCGCUCAUGUAGUACUGAUUUAUGUCAUGGUCAUGGAAAAUGUGAUACCAACAAAGAACGUUGUAUCUGUGAUGAUGGUUAUGUUGGUGCAAACUGUGAUCUGUUGCUAAAGAAUGACAGUGGGCAAGGGCAGUGGUAUAUUUUGUCAAAGUCAAGUAAUAUUUUCACACCUAGGACUGGCCAUAUUGGUAUUUUUGUACCAAAGUCAAAUAGUUUAUGGAUAUUUGGUGGUUUUACAUUAAAUAAGAUAGUUAAUGAUUUAUUAUAUUACAGCUUUAACACCAAUCAGUGGGAAAAUGUCUCAAAAACCUCUCCAUGGCCUGUACCUCGUUAUGGACAUGCUGGUGCUGAAUUUGAAGAUUGUUUAUAUAUUUAUGGUGGAAUCAUAGCAACUAGAGUAUACUCUGAUGAACUCUGGGUGUUCAACACUACUUUAGGUCAUUGGUAUCUUAUAUCUGAAAAAAAUCGCCAUACUCCACCUAGUUUGACAAGUCAUACCUUAACAAGAGUGAAUAACUGGUUGUAUUUGUUUGGAGGACUUCUUAUGAAUGGAUCAUUUUCUUCAGAUAUGUAUCGGGUAAAUUUAACCUCGGGAGUUUGGGAACAUGUUAAAAUCAGAGGUGGAAGAACAUUUAUGAGACGUCUUGCUGGCCAUACUACUGUCUUUCACCAAGAAUCAAACUCUCUUUUAGUUUUUGGAGGUUUCUGGAUGGAAAGUGCUUCUGCUAGUCAACGUACAAAUAGCCUUCAUGCUUUUCAUUUAAAGGAAAGAUACUGGUCAAAAAUGGCUCAUCCUUACACCCAAAGCAAACAUCGGCCUAGAGUAAUUGCACAUCACUCUGCUGUGUUAAUGGGUAACUAUCUUGUAAUCUUUGGAGGAAACUCACAUGUACAUAAUGAUUGGAAGAUCUGCUAUGAUGGUGAAUUAUAUUUAUACAAUAUUGGAUGCCAUACUUGGGUUAGUCAUGGAGCUCUUGAAGAACGAAUAAUGUCAAAAAUGGAGGAAUUUAGGACAUCUAACAUGCCAAAGGUAGGACGCUUUGGUCAUUCAGCAGCAGUUGCAUAUGGCAAUAUCUUAUUAAUAGCAGGAGGAUAUGCGGGCCGUGUUCUUGGUGAUCUGGUUGCUUACAAAGUACCCUCAUUAAUAGCUAGUUCACAUCCUGAAAUAGAAAUUGACUACUGUGAAGGAGUUGACAUUGAGAGUAUGUGCUUGAAAAAUCCAGAAUGUUUGAUGUGUGAAUUGAAAAAUACCUCAGAUUUAGGUUGUGUUCACUACAAUAAUCGUAAGAAGCUUUGUGUGGAUAAUGAUCCAAGCCAUCAUUGUGGUAGUGUGUGUGAUUUGCUGCAGUCCUGUGGAGAUUGCCUUAUUCAGGGGCAGGGACCAAUUCUGUUUAAUACCUCUUUACGAAAUGUUGUCCAUAAUGAAAAGUGCUUAUGGUGUGUCAAAGAAGACAAAUGUCAAAAGAGAAGUGGCAAGUAUUUAAAACUUCUAAUAUAUAUGUGUUUACAAACGGAUGAUUUUUAACCUUUACAGGAAAUU